AUGGCAGAGAACUUUAGAUUUGAUCUUGCUAGCAUGAAUGUAAUCCCUCUAUGGGUUAAAUUCCCUACACUCCCUGUUGGUUUUUGGUCUGUUGAACCUCUUAGUAAGUUGGCUAGUGUGGUCGGCAAACCCCUUUACACUGAUAAAUACACAACAAAUUUGGAGAAGGUGCCCUAUGCUAGUUUACUUGUUGAAACUGAUAUCUUGAAGCCCAUUCCUGAGUUUGUUGAAAUUGAUACACCUGAGGAAACCAUACACCAGAUUAUUGACUAUGAUUGGAGGCUAAAAUUUUGUAUUGGUUGUAUAAGAAUUGGGCAUGACAGGACCAAUUGCUGGAAAAAUAAGUCUGCUCCACCUGUCCAAGAGGUUGCAGGGGAGCCUCCUAAGAAGAAGAGAACUAGGAACAGAAGAAGGAAAAUGAGGCAAGAAUGGCAUCUAAUUACCGAUCCUCUUGAUGGAGAAACAAAUGAUCCAAUUCCUGCUGAUACAACUCCUGUUGUGGAAAAAGGAACCACAAAGAAUGGUGAUACAAAUGCAUCUAUUGAAAAAAACUCUCAGUUGGAGAGUACCUCCAGAGUACCAGUAGCAUCUCAUAUACAAAGACAUCGGAAGCAACAGAUUUCUGAGCAACAAAAUGCAGCACCUAGUCCCAAAAGAUUUCAAGCACUAGAUGGGGCUAGUUCCUCUCAGAAAUGUCUUUGA